UCUCUCUUGAAAUCCAGCCUCAACAGUGCGGUAGCUGAGUCGCUGGCAAAUGUGACUGCAUAUGUGGAAAAGGCUUGUCUUUGCAUCUCCAACUUGCGCCAGCAACGGGACAGUCUCUCAGCUCAGUUGACUAGCGAGAGGGCUGAGGGGGCCCAACACCUCAAGGCCUGUAGACGCCAAUUCCAAAUAGAUCAUAUGCGCCAGUUGGCGGAGUUGCGACGUAGUCUGGUGAGAGAGCACUUUUCCGAAUUGCAGCGGGUGGUGGCGAGCAUCAUGGGUGUACAUGUGCCCACAUGGCCCUCAGGCAACGGCUAA